AUGGCCCCCACCAAUCGCCACCUCACCCCGUCUUUAAAACCCGCCUCAAUUACCAAAACUCAAAACCCACAAUCCAAGUAUGAAAUCUUGAAUGGGUAUCCAUUCAAGAUCAACUUUCUCCUUCAUCCCACCUUUUCAUGUAUAACCGAAAGAAAAAGAACUCUGAAAACUUCAUCUUUUUGGUACUUUUUUCAACGUCCAGCUGUCAACUGCACAGGUUCCCAGAACAGAAAGAUAGCCAUUAAAGAAGGUGAGAAUGGGCGAGUGGUGAUUGAUGGUAAAAGUAGGAUUGCAGAGACAGAUAAUGAUUUUGUAUGUGCAACAAUGGAUUGGUGGCCACCUGAGAAGUGUGAUUAUGGUACUUGCAGCUGGGAUCAUGCCUCUCUCCUCAAUGUGGAUCUUCACAACAAAAUCUUGAAGAAUGCCAUUAAAGCCUUUUCUCCUUUAAAGAUCAGAUUAGGAGGCACUUUGCAAGAUGAUGUUAUCUACCAAACCAAAAAUCACCAUGAACCCUGCAAACCCUUCAUCAAGAACACCACAGCAUUAUUUGGUUUCACGCAAGGAUGUUUGCCUCUAUCCAGAUGGGAUGAACUUAAUAGAUUCUUACAAGAGACAGGGGCCGUGUAUACUUUUGGACUAAAUGCUCUCACAGGUAAAAAGGUGCUAACCAACGGUUCCACGAUAGGAGCUUGGGACUCGACCAAUGCCGAAGCGCUAAUACACUACACGGUUCAAAAGAACUACACAAUCAAUGGUUGGGAGCUCGGGAAUGAGUUGAGUGGAAAUGGCAUUGGAACAAGUAUAUCAUCAUCUCAAUAUGCAAAUGACACAAUAACCCUUAGCAACAUCGUGAACCGUAUUUACAAGGGUAUAAAACCGAAGCCACUUAUCAUUGCACCCGGGGGAUUUUAUGAUCCAAAAUGGUUCGAGGAUUUCCUAGCCGAUACAUCCAAGACACUCAACGUGAUCUCUCACCACAUUUACAAUCUCGGCCCCGGGGUCGAUAAAAACCUAACUGCAAAGAUUCUUGAUCCGUCUUAUCUUGACAACGCGCAUGAUACGUUCAAGCAACUUGAAUCGACUCUCAAUACUUCCAAAAGUUCAGCAGCUGCUUGGGUUAGUGAGGCUGGUGGAGCUUAUAAUAGUGGUCAAGAUCUUGUUACGAACGCAUUUGUGUUCAGUUUCUGGUACUUGGAUCAGCUGGGGAUGUCAUCUGUUUAUGAUACAAAAACAUAUUGCAGACAAAGUUUGAUAGGAGGAAACUAUGGCUUACUUAAUACCACUACCUUUGAGCCAAAUCCAGACUACUACAGUGCACUUCUUUGGCAUCGAUUAACGGGGAGAAAGGUUUUAUCUACAAGAUUUGUCGGGACAAAGAAGAUACGUGCUUAUUCACAUUGUGCCAAAGAAUCAAAGGGGAUAGUGAUCCUUCUAAUGAAUUUAGACAAUAGCACUAUUGUUGAUGUAAAGCUAUCAGUUAACAGUACUUGGAGGCUACACAAACGCAGGUCUCAUGCUCAUCAUGAUCAUAAAACGAAGCAUACUCGUUCAAAAUCAACACAUGCAAAGAUGCAUAAGACAAGAAUAAGGACACGAGAAGAAUAUCAUUUGACACCAAAAGAUGGAAAUUUGCACAGUAAAGUAAUGAUGUUGAAUGGAAAAGAAUUGAGGGUAAAUUCCUCGGAUGAAAUACCUUCAUUGAAGCCUUUGUUUAUGAAUUAUUCGGAGCCGAUAAUUGUUGCUCCUUAUUCUAUUGUAUUUGUACAUCUCCCACAUUUUACUUUGUAUGCUUGCAAUAGUUAGUUACGGGAUACAUGGGUGGGGAAUUGGUUCCAAUCUGGUUAUAGAAUUUAUAGAAGAUUGAUGAUAUAAGUGAAUAAUACAUAC